AUGAACACAAGCAUCCAGGACUCGUACAACCUGGCCUGGAAGCUGGGCGGUGUCAUCAAGAAACACCUGAAUCCGAACAUUCUUACAACCUACGCCACUGAAAGAGGAGCAGUUGCCAAGCAACUGCUUCAGGCCGACCGAACCACGCUGGAGCUCUUCAGCGCCAAGUUUGGCCAGGAGACUCCAUCCUUGCUGCAGAGAGCCGACGAUCUGCGGGUCUUCUUAGGGGGCCGCGCUAUCCGCUAUGCAGAUCCACUAUUGACCUCUUCUUCAGCGCAAGGUUUCGGGUGCUUCCGGCCUGGCGAAUGCUUGCCCGAGUUGGCCAUCACCAACCAUGCCACGGGCAGAUCCGUCCAUCUCCACAACGUAAUGAAGUCGAGUGGAGCUUGGCACAUGGUCGUCUUUGCCGGGGAAGCGUCCUCGGUCGCGCAGAUGGGUCGCGUCCAUGCACUGGCCAAACAACUGGAAGGUCUACGAGAUGCAACGUUCGGGGUUCUUGAAACUCUGUUGGUCCACUGUGCAAAGUGGGAAAGUGUUGAGCUGACAGAAUUUCCAACGCUAUUCCAACCUUGUGACCCGGUUACCGGGAGGGACUAUACGCGAAUCUUCAUCGACGAACGGUCUUACCCCGGUGUCCGCCACCGUAUGGACGACUUCGCAGCGUAG